AUGCCGAGGUCAGUUCCUCGGUUCAUCCGGAGAUGCGCAGACAAGGCACCGAACCAUCUAGACGUUUCCUUGUUGACCUCAACACCGGCUUGCUGAAGGAGCACCUCAGCGAGAUGGACAGGAGGGUCGGAGGCUUCUACAAUGCUGCAUCCAAUCCUGGGUUCAGACAGGGGACUCAGAACUCUCAGGCAACUCUGGUGGAUCUCCAGACCGGGUUGCAGCUGCCUAAGGUGUCAGAGAUGCAGAGGCAAGCAAACGUGGACAGGUUCAGACAAGGCACCGAGAACAGUAAGGCAACUCUGGUGGAACUCAGAAGAGCUCAGAUCAUGAGGGACCUGAAGAGAACCGAAGCUUCUAAAGAUGAAACGACCCACAAAGCAGUCGCUCCCGAGUUGCGCAGACAAGGCACCGAACCGUCUAGACGUUUCCUUGUUGACCUCAACACUGGCUUGCUGAAGGAGCACCUCAGCGAGAUGGACAGGAGAGUCGGAGGCUUCUACAAUCCUGCAGCCAAUCCUGGGUUCAGACAGGGGACUCAGAACUCUCAGGCAACUCUGGUGGAUCUCCAGACUGGAUUGCAGUUGCCUAAGGUGUCAGAGAUGCAGAGGCAAGCAAACGUGGACAGGUUCAGACAAGGCACCGAGAACAGUAAGGCAACUCUGGUGGAACUCAGAAGAGCUCAGAUCAUGAGGGACCUGAAGAGAACCGAAGCUUCUAAAGAUGAAACGACCCACAAAGCAGUCGCUCCCGAGUUGCGCAGACAAGGCACCGAACCGUCUAGACGUUUCCUUGUUGACCUCAACACUGGCUUGCUGAAGGAGCACCUCAGCGAGAUGGACAGGAGAGUCGGAGGCUUCUACAAUCCUGCAGCCAAUCCUGGGUUCAGACAGGGGACUCAGAACUCUCAGGCAACUCUGGUGGAUCUCCAGACUGGAUUGCAGUUGCCUAAGGUGUCAGAGAUGCAGAGGCAAGCAAACGUGGACAGGUUCAGACAAGGCACCGAGAACAGUAAGGCAACUCUGGUGGAACUCAGAAAGGAUCAGAUCAUGAUGGACCUGAAGAGUAUCGAAGCUGUAAAGGAUGAACUGACCCACAAGGCAGACCACAACACCUUCACCUUGAAGGACUCGGCUAAUGAUGUAGAACUUCCAGAGUUCGGACGUAGCCUUGAAUAUCGACACGCUCAACACCGAGACGCCGCGGAAACUCAGGAAACGAACGAAGUGGAUAUUUCGCUGCCCGGUGAAGAGUACCGACGCGGUUUGGAGUACAGAUAUGCUAAUAUAAUCGACAAGCACUUUGAGGCUCCUGCUAAGCAAAGUACGAGGAUUUCUUCCUGCCAUGGACAGGUCAUCGAAGGCAAAUGCUACGUUUUCAACCCAAAAUUACUCUCCUUCAGUGAAGCCGAGGCAUCCUGUAAGCAAUUCUCCUCCCUCGGACACUUGGCGUCCGUGCCGAGUUCAGAAAUCCAUAAACGACUUGUUGGCUUGGUGACCGGUAGCGCCAGUGACCUGGUGUUGACCUGGGUCGGAGGCUUCGUGAAGGAUCACCAGUUUCAGUGGACCGAUGCCAGCGGAUGGGGGUACAGCGACUGGAUGCCAGGCCACCCUAACAUACAGGAACACAAGGAGUUAUGUGUGGAGAUGUUCAAAAUGGAUGAGAGUUGGUGGACAGCAGUCGACUGUAGCCUGAAGAGAGCUUCCAUAUGUUCAUACCCCAUGAAAGCCUAAAGCAGAUAUCUUCGAUUAAUGAUUUAAAGAUUAAUAAAUAAGUAAAUAAAACUAUGGUCUGAUCUUAACAGCAAUAAAGAGUGUUUACUGACUCGU